AUGCGUGUCUCUACCGUUGCUGUUCUUGCCGCGUCAGCUGCUGUCCUCCCUGCUAUGUCAAUGCCGAUCAGCAGCAGCGAGACAUACGAGCUCUACGAUCGUGAAGCACCCUCGCAGGGCAGUGGUGCUCUUGGCUUCGGUCUUAUCAAGGACGUCUUCAAGGUUGGAUCCCACCUGUUUCACCACAGCAGCAGCAGCAACAACAAUAACAACAAUAACAACAACGACAAGAAGCAGAAGAAGCAGAAGAAGCAGAAGCACCGUCGCGAACUCGAGGAGUUGUUAUCUCGUCGGGAAUUCCUUGACCUCCUCGCGCGUGAGAUAGAGGUGGAGGAGAUGUAUGCUCGUGAAGCUCCCGCCCAGGGUAGCGGUGCCCUUGGCUUCGGUCUGCUAAAGGACGUCUUCAAGGUUGGCUCUCACAUCCUCAGCCACAGCAGCUCUAGCAACAAUAACCAAGGUAACAAGAAGAACCAGAAGCACCGUCGUUCGGACGAAUUCGAGGAUCUCUUCGCUCGUGACUAUGAGUACACCUACGAGUGGGAGUAA